AAUAUGGCUGACGAAGUUGUCGAAGUUCUAGUGCUCAGAGGAACCCUGCACGGCCACAACGGAUGGGUGACCUCCCUUGCUACCUCUCCAGCUAACCCAGAUUUGCUCCUUUCCGCCUCCAGAGACAAGACCCUGAUCACCUGGCAAUUGACUAGAGACGAGAACAACUACGGUGUUGCCAAGAAGGCUCUGAAGGGCCACUCGCACAUUGUCCAAGACUGUGCCAUCUCUCCAGACGGACUGUACGCCAUCUCUGCCUCCUGGGACAAGACCUUGAGACUUUGGAAGCUCGAUACCGGCGAAUCUGUCGUUAGAUUUGUUGGACACAAGGGAGACGUUUUGUCUGUUUCCAUUGCCGCCAACUCGAGACAGAUUGUGUCUGCCUCCAGAGACAAGACCGUCAAGGUCUGGAACUCUCUCGGUCAAUGUAUGGCCACCUUGGAGUCCCACACCGACUGGGUCAACGCUGUGAGAUUCUCUCCAUCUUCUCCAACUGACGAAGCCAAGGCUGCUACUGUUAUUUCUGCCGGUUCUGACAAACUCGUUAAGGCUUGGGACUUGAGAGACUACACCCUGGCUGCCGACUUUGUUGGCCACAACGGUUACGUUUCCUGCAUCACCAUCUCCCCAGACGGAUCUUUGUGUGCUUCUGGUGGAAAGGACGGUGCCAUCAUCCUGUGGGAGAUGAGCUCCAAGAAGAAGACUCUGUACACUCUUCAAGCCGGUGACGAGAUUAACGCCCUGGCCUUCUCGCCAAACAGAUACUGGCUCUGUGUUGCCACUGCCAGCUCCAUCAAGAUCUACAACCUACAGGAGAGAACUUUGAAGGAGGAGCUCAAGCCUGAGGUUGCCGAGGGCAAGACUCCAGAGUGUAUUUCCCUUGCUUGGUCCCACGACGGCCAGAACUUGUUCUCUGGUUACACUGACAACGUGAUUAGAGUCUGGCAGGUCAUGACCUCGCAGUAAGUAAUAUAGCAAAGUAUAUGUUUUAGACCUGCUGUAAUGGUGUUGGGAGCAGCGUCUCGUUGUCGAUUUUAUCGAUCACCUGCACCAGCCCGUAUUCGGCAGCCACGUCUCUCGCCUGGCUGAAAUACGUCUCUGCCUCCUUCUGGCCCUUAUUCAACACCCCCAGCGAAUAAAGCGACAUCGCCUGACACACACGCGAGUCCUCGUCCUGGCCCUGGUAGCGGCUGAUGAUUGUGCGGUACAGUCGUGCGCUCAUGUCGCGCGCCUUCUGGGCCUCUUUUUUCUCGUGCUCCACAAACAUCUGCUUCUCCAGCGUGUCUGCGGGCCCGACCAGCGCAAUCCGGGAGUCGUGCUGCUCGCUCUUGAAGUAGUAAGCAGACGCCAGGUUGAGCAUCGCCGUGCUCAUCUUGAUUGGCUCCAGCCCCGAGAUCUUCAUGAAAAAGAUGUUGGAUUGCAACACUUUCACAGCCACGUCCCCCGGCGCAGUGAACAUCGCCAACGUUGCGUACAGAUCGCGCGCGCGCACAAGGUCUUCCAUGUAGCACGGCCACUCAACACUCCAUUGGCUCAGAAACUUCUUUGCCUGUGGCAGAUGCUGCUCUAUGAAUUUUUUUUUCGCACUCCACGAGUCUAGCUGCAACACCUCCAUAAUAUCGAGCUCGCCGCCAACAUGUAGCACUGGGAAUUUGGCAACGGUCUGCUGUUCCGCAUAACCCAUCCGCUCCCAUAACUCCUGCAUCACACGCUUCGUCUCGCCCGCGGGAGCGAGCGUCGCCAAUCGCGUGGCCACCACCAGGUCUCGCUGAAUCACCUUGUCCUUCCACUCUUGAGGCACCUCAUCAUUGACCAGCUUGGCAAACAGAAAGUCGCUAAGACGCUGGUACACCUCGCGCUGUCUGUCCACCAUCUCCAGCUUCUCGUACAUCUCUGCUAUUUUCAGGACUAUGCCCGUGUACCGUGGGUCCAGAUUAUCCAUUUCCUCCUUUCUGCACUGCCGGAGGGCGUCCUGAUAGUGUUCCAACGCUUUCAAGUAAUCGAUGUUUUUGCUGGUUUCCAGCCACAGACCCUUGCGCAGGUGACGACUCACCUCUGUACUGAAAGGGUUCCAUGGCUGCCAGAUGUAUAGUAUGCCGGAGGUUGCUAAAAGCACGGCAACUGAGGACGUGAUAUAGGUUGACCACUUGCGUUUUCUUCGCUGCUCCUCCAUAUGUUCCUUAAACCGCUGC